AUGGCUACGUUUCCCCCGUCUGUCACCGACGCAGAGAGAGACGGCCUUGUUCACUCCAUCAAGGACUGGUCAAUUGGCAACGGCCUUGCUGUCCGGCCGCCCCCAGGCUUCAUCCCCGCCGGGACCGACCCUGCCGGCAUAGCUGCCAUCAAUGCUCCCGUCACUGUCUUCCCGAGCCCCUUUCCACGCAUAUGCUUCGAGCAGGGCAAGGCCGUGCAAACCACGUACAACGAGCUCUAUGCCUCGGUGAGCCGCGAUGAGGACUUCCUCGCCGACAUGGUCAAGCAAGUCAUGGAUGGCGACGACUUUAUCCAGAACCUGUGGCAGAUUCAUCUCAAGGUCAAGCAGGAGGGAUAUACCCAGCCACUCUCGCUAGGUUUGUUUAGAUCAGACUACAUGGUCCACCAGGAUACGUCGGUAUCGCCUCCAGCGUUGCAAGCCAAACAGGUCGAGUUCAACACCAUUGCCGCAUCUUUCGGUGGUCUCUCUUACUACACAUCGCUCCUCCACAAAUAUCUUGCCACCACGGAAUACCCUUUGCUGGAUCAACCUCUUGCUCCCGGCUCUCUUGCAUUGCCGGAGAACAGUACAAUACAAGGACUCGCAGCAGGCAUCGAAGCCGCCUACCGCGCCUAUCCGGUCUCGGCGCUGGGCCACCCGAAAUGCGUCCUCUUUCUCGUCCAGGGCGAUGAGCGCAACGUGUUUGACCAGCGACACCUGGAGUAUCAGGUUGCAAAGGCAUCGCCGGCGAUACCGCUGUUCCGGGUGGCUUUUUCUGAUAUUCUGGCGCAUACGUCCAUAGCCGACACGCCAACAAGGCAACUUCUCUACCGCUUUCCCCGCAACCCGUCCAAGGUCUUCGAGGUUGCCGUCGUCUAUAUGCGAGCCGGUUACGGCCCUGGCGACUACCCUGACCAACGCGCCUGGGAUGCCAGACUUCACUUGGAGCGCUCGGCCGCCAUCAAGUGCCCGACCGUCUUGACCCAACUGGCCGGGACGAAAAAGGUGCAGCAGGUCCUUGCGACGCCGCGUCCUUUGUCGGCGCCGUCGGCUCUGAGCAAGUUUAUCCGCGACAACUCGCCCUCGACGGCAGAGCUCUGGAAAACGUUCACAAACAUCUACCCCAUGGACAGGUCCGAGGCGGGCCUCGAGGCUCGCAGAAAGGCUCUGGAUCCCGACCUGUGCCAGGCGUACGUGCUCAAGCCCCAGCGAGAGGGCGGGGGCAACAACACGUACCGGGGGGCGAUUCCGGGGUUCCUCAAGUCGGUGCCGGAGGAGCACUGGGGUUCCUUCAUCUUGAUGGAGCUCAUCACGCCGCCGCCCGUGUCGAACCUGAUCCUGCGCAAUGGCAAGGUGGAGCAGGGCGGCGUCAUCUGCGAGCUCGGCAUCUACGGCGCGUGUCUCUGGAAUCAAGCGACCGGAGAGCUGCUGCACAACGAGGAGGCUGGUCACCUGCUGCGGACCAAGGGCGACCAGAGCGAGGAGGGCGGUGUGGCGGCGGGAUUUGGCUGCAUGGACAGCUGCUGUUUGGUGUAG